AUGGGUCCAUAUGGCGGAGUUCUUGUGUGCAGCGCCUUCCAGCAGAGCCGUUCGAAAAUUCUCCAGAAAGCUUGCAGCAGUCCAGUGGUAGCUAAAAAGACCGGUGAGAAGCUACACAGCGAUCUCGAAGUACUCCUCCUAGAACGCUCUGAAGAGGGCGUCCUGAAGAAAGUCAAUUCCGUUCGCAACCACCUACAGGGAAUAGGCAAUUCGGUGGACGUGAGUCCGGUAGCGGCUCUCGUAACUCGGAUAGCAUUCCUGCUCGACAAAUAUCCGGAUGCAUCGGAGAUAUCGCAAGGUGUCAUAACGAUCCUUCGGGUCAUCUGUACCCACGAAAGGGGUGGAGCGGGCUGCGCGCAGACCCUCGCGUACUCGGAAGCCCUAAAUUCGCUCCUCUCGGCGUACUCGCGUCAGAGGAGCAUAAACCGAGAGAUGUAUCUCCUCCUGGCGAAAGUGUGCGUGCACGACAAACUAUUCUCGGUGAAGGCGAGAUUCACCGGCGUGUUUGGCAUCCCCCUUAACGAUCUCAACAGCAACGCGGGAGCUGCCAAAGAAAUGUCUACGCAGCCCAUUCUCCAAGUACUGAGAGCCGUACUUGCUAAUAGGCUGAACGUGACUUUGCUGAACAGACGUGGUUUGUUGCCAGCUCUCGUGAUGUUGAUGAAGAAAAAGCAAGGAGUUAUCGAUAUGGAAAUGGUCCUCCUAUGCGAAUGCCUCGCAGCGGCCAGCAGAAGCAAAAACAGCGUCAUGCAGCUACUCGAACAGAAUGUGCUGGAUCUGCUGUUGCCGUUACUGGAACGCGGAGGCAUGUGUACAUCGGAGAAGAUUCGUUGUUUGCUAGCGGUCCUACAGGUCGUGAUUCAUGUGGUCUCCUUCAAAAUGGGUCGGAAGGCAGUAGCUCGCAAGUCGUUGUGCGCCCAGUUAAUGAGUUUGGCCGAUCUCAUGACGGGUCAGCAGGGCCUGUUGAAUGGGAUCUCCGAGAUCCUCUACAGGUGUCUGCCUCCACUGAGACUGCCCAUUGAAAGGACCUCAAGAAAUUAUACGACUAUGUUGAGGGAAAGCUUCAACAAGAGAUUAUCUUCUUCUCCACCUAAUAAGGAUUCUUCCGAUUCCUCAUUAGUGGAAUUGUUUCGUCGAAUCACAUCGUUCGAUGACAACCUCGAGGAUCUUCCAUAUUUGGGAAAUAUUGAUCGGAAGCAAGUUCUGCUCAACCUUGCCAAAGAUGUCGUGCGCCCCCCGCCCGAGGGGAUGGAGGCGGGUGGCUGGGUAGCAGAGGCCGAGUUUUGGAUGCUGAAUCCAUCAAACCUGCAGAUGAAUUUAGAACCCUUGAACGUGUCGCCUGCCCUAGAGUCCUUGGCUCUGUUGAACCAUGUUAAAGCCCACUAUAACCAGGAGCUGACGACGAAACGUUUUCCUGUUGUAUACGACGUCACUCACGGCCCUCUUUUCGAAGACCUCUCGUUCGAAUCGCGGUUCGAGGGAGGAAAUUUACGGCGGGUUAUUCAACGAUCUUCGCGGGAGUACGAUCUAGUCCUGAACCCGGACGUGAACACUAUGAGACAUCAUUUUUGGUUCUAUUUCGGAGUGAAGAACAUGACUGCGCGGGUAGUCUACACCUUUAACAUCAUCAACCUGGACCGUCGAGAUACGAUGUACACAAAACGUGGAAACGCCGGAGGUCUGUCUCCGCUCCUAUUCUCGGAUGGUUCGUGGACACGACUCAGUUCCCUCCCCGGUUUCAGCCUUUCGUGCUACAGAAAUCACUACAGGCAUCCGUUGAAAGGUCAUCAUUACUAUACGCUCUCUUUGACGUUCCUUCUGCCAGCGAACUCUACCUGUUAUCUGUCUUCAUCAUUCCCAUAUUCGUAUUCGUUGCUACGAACCCACCUUUGUACGACCGCUUUCAACAGUAAUUCCGUUUUCUACAAGGUUCGGAAGAUGUGUAACAGCGUCUUGGGGAACAAGUGUUAUUUGUUGACGAUCACCGACAAGUCGAACCUGUCGCGAGCAGCUCAAAAGCCAGUGAUAUUCAUUUCUUCGAGAGUUCAUCCGGGAGAAACAAACAGCUCGCAUAUAAUGCACGGAGCUCUUCAGGCUCUUCUCUCGGAACAUCCGGCAGCUGUUUCUCUCCGAGAAAAAUUCGUCUUCUACGUCGUCCCAAUGCUGAAUCCCGACGGCGUCGUCUGUGGAAACCAGCGGUGCGGCAUGGCCGGAGCCGACUUGAAUCGCCAGUACGAGAACCCAUGUCCGACCCAGCACCCAACGGUGUUCUACACUAAGGCACUUUUGACCUACCUGACUGCCAACAAUCGCCCUCCACUCGUCGUGUGUGACAUCCAUGGCCAUUCCCGAGCUCACAACGUUUUCAUGUUCGGGUGCGAGGAUACCCCAGCACAGAGACUUCUUCCCAACGUUCUACACAAUAGGCUCAAAUCGUUCAAUCAGGGUCAGUGCACUUACAAAUUGGAGGCCUCUAAACGGGGGGCGUUGCGAAUUUCCGCGUGGAAGGAACUGAAUCUCUCGCUCUCCUAUACGAUGGAAUGCACGAUCGCAGGCUGUGAUUCUCGGGGUUAUAAGGGGUUCCAUCUCGGGGUGGAGGAGCUCAAAGAAAUCGGACGGGAGUUGAUCUUCGCCCUGGACGAAAUCGGCGACAGCCGAGAGAGUAUCGAAUCGAUCGCGGCCAAAACAGACUUCAGCAAGCAGAAUCUCAGCGUGCCCGCCGAGAAAAUUCAUUGCAGCGAUUCAUCCUCAUCAUCAGACGACGAAGCCAACGUCAUCGAAGACGACGAUUAGGUUUCUGUGACGCUGAGCCGGCGAUGAAGUCAUCGAAUCACCUGCUUUAGAUAAAGCGGAGCUUGCGGAUAUACAAUACAUACGGGAUAUAUAGACGCCUCUUCUAGGAGGGACUACGACUUAC